CCUUGAUGAGCAGAAAAGAAAAUUUAGUUUUCUUUAGAAAAUUGAUAAAUUUCUGAAGCUCGGUGCGUAGUUUAAUCUUUCUCGGAGGAUUGUUUUGCAUUCAAAAUGGAUAUCGAGUACCCUUACCAGAAGGAGCGUCGUGAGUUUGGCAGACAGUGUCUGUUUUCCGAUAAGAAUAAGAUCGAGUUUUCGGAAGCGGCGAAUCAUGAGCUGUUCAAGGAAUACAUCCUUAGGGAUCCAGUACAUUUGGGAACUCAGCUAAGCCGUCAGAUGGCAUUGACGGAAAUCAAUACCGAAAGUGCUGAAUACGCUGACCGUGGAAUAUUGCACUCCGAAGGCGGUUGGCCCAAGGAUGUAAAUUUUCUGGACCCGGAGCAAACGGUCCGCUACCGAAGAAAGAUCGAGAAAGACGAAAACUAUGUCACCCAGUUGACUUCGUUGACGAAACCUAUGGAGCAUUACAUCUAUCAGAAUAACGCCGUCAACAUCUACGAGAACUACUUUGAGGGUCUCGAACCUGCUCCGCUGAUGGAGAAGAGUAGUUCUCGUACGCUGAAUGUAUAUCGGGAUCCUUCGAUUUACAAGCAACCGGUUACGCACCUUUCGUGGUCUCCUGAUGGAGGUUCCAAGAUAGCUGUUUCGCAUUGUAACAUGAACUUCCAGGAAAUCACUGGCAAGGCCGUUUGCUCGUACAUCUGGGAAAUUGAAAACCCCAAUGCCCCUCUGCUGAGAUUUACGCCCCACAGUUCGAUGAUCUGCCUUGAGUAUAAUCAGAAGGAUCCGACGACUCUUGUCUGCGGCAUGUACAAUGGACAAGUAGCAGCCUGGGACACGAGAAAUGAGAAAGCGCCGAUCAUGAUCAGUGAGCGCGAAUUUUCUCAUCGAGCUCCGGUCAAUUCAACGCUCUGGAUCAAUUCUAAAAGUGGAACAGAGUUUUUCUCUGGCUCAUCGGACAGUCAGGUUAUGUGGUGGGACACCAGAAAACUUUCCCAGCCCAUCGAUAUGCUUCUGAUGGAUCCCAUAAAGUCGGACGAACAAGAUCUGUCUCGGUCAUAUGGAGUAAGCGUUCUAGAGUACGAAACAUCGAUUCCUACAAGGUUCAUGUGUGGAACUGAGCAGGGAAUGCUUUUUUCCUGCAAUCGGAAGGGAAAAUCUCCACAGGAGAAAAUUGUGUUUAGGCUACCAUGUCACACCGGACCAAUCUACUCCCUAACUCGUAAUCCAGCAUUCGUGAAGAAUUUCCUAACAGUUGGGGAUUGGAUCGCUCGCAUCUGGUCUGAAGAUUGUCGUGAGAGCUCAAUUAUUUGGACCAAACAUCAUUCGGUGAUGCUCACCGAUGGGGUCUGGAAUCCUACGCGCUACUCCAUUUUCUACGUUAGCCGCAUGGAUGGUGUUUUGGAUGCUUGGGAUUUGCUACAGCAACAAAAUGAUCCUAUUCUAAGCAUAAAAGUGUGCGACGAGAGUUUGAAAUGCCUUCGGGCACACGAGGGUGGAUAUUUGGUUGCCGCCGGAAGCACCAAAGGAGCAACUUUCUUGCUGGAGAUGUCAGAAAAUAUGACUUCCAUUAAAAAUGACAAACCCCUGCUAACGGCUAUGUUGGAACGAGAAAACCGCAGAGAGAAGAUCCUCGAAGCAAAGUCACGUGAAAUGAAACUAAAGGUUCGAACUUUGAACAGGCAAGACGAAGCCGUGGAUGAAAAACCCAAACUGUUCCAAUGUCAAUCUGCGUGUGAAGCUGCCGAGCAGGAAUAUCUUCUUACACUGGAGAAAGAGAAAAAAUCAAGAGCACCCGAAGAAAUCGAUCCCGAAUAUGAUCCCAAGACAAUCAAGGAAAUAACAUCAGAUGAACAAUUUGACGAUUGAGUUAAAACUACGAUGGAAAACUAAAAAUAGAAACAUUUUCUCUUGUAACCAUAUCAAAAUAUGUAUAUUUUUAAAACUCUCUUCAAUAGAAAUGAUACACUUGGUUCAAAUCUUUUGAGCAUGAAUUAAUACC